AUGAGGUCUUCUUCUUCUUCUACUACUACUACUACUGCUAAUCCGGGUACGAUCAACAUCGCCGCGAGUUCUCAGAAGCUUGAUGUUGAUAAUCGAAUUGCUCUUCGGUUCUAUUAUCGGAUUGCGGAUAACAUACUUCGACAGGCCGACAUCUUUCGCGCAGAGAAGAACAUUAUUGACCUAUAUGUCAUGCUUUUAAGAUUUUCUAGUUUGGCAUCUGAGACAAUACCGCGUCACCGAGAGUAUAAAUCAUCUCCACAAACCAAGAAACAAUCAUUGAAAAAGAGAUUGCUGAUUUCCUUGAAUGAAUUGGAGAAGCUGAAACCAUUGGCCCAACAGAAGAUCAACGAGCUUAACAGCAGAAAUGCUUUCCGACAAAAUGGACGGGGAAAUUUUCAUUCAAAUAAUAACGUGGAUUUUUCUUCUGUGGAAAAGCAAACAUUGGCUGGUAAUGGCCUAAUAAAGCCGGUCAGAGCAACUGCUAGGGAAUUUGCUUACCAAGGAUCAAGUGGUCAACAUUUCUCGUAUGUCAGACCCGUGGAAGAGAAAGUGCGAAGACUAUCUCUAACUCUGCCACCUCCAAAGGAGGAAACUCUCUCUAGACAUUCUAUCCUUGGUCCGCAUGGGCUUAAUGGGCAGUGGUGGUCACCUACUAUUGACACAGGGGUCAGGUAUCCAUCCGACAUAGAUCUGUCUCCAGUUGAACUGCCAAGCUUGCAACGCCAAUUGGAAGAUGUGUCUCUGAGUAAUAAAGAUAAUAAUAGCAUUGCAGAACUCCAAAAAUUAGAUUUAAAUUCAAUUCCUACCGAGAGCGAAGACAGCCAGCCCCAGCGCGCUCAAGAAUCACCUUCUCUUAUAUCUUUUGAAGCAACAGAAGAAUCCUCUGCUCAAAUAGAAAUUAUUAGACAACCUUCUCCUCCACCCGUACUUGCUGAAGUGCAUGAUUUGGUCCCUGCAAUGUCACCUCACAUUAAUGAGGCAGGAUGUAAGGCAGAGAUUCCAUCAUCUGAUAGCAGUGUUAAUUCCGAGUCUCCUCUGCAAUUGCACAUUUCAACUGCUUUGAUGGAGAACUUUAUGAAUCUCGCCCAGUCAAAUACUAAGAAAAAUUUGGAAACUUGUGGUGUCCUUGCUGGUUUGCUUAAAAACAGAAAAUUUUAUAUUACCGCUCUAAUAAUCCCAAAGCAGGAGUCAACAUCAGAUUCUUGUCAGACUACAAAUGAAGAGGAAAUAUUUGAAGUGCAGGAUAAACGAUCACUUUUCCCCCUUGGGUGGAUCCAUACACAUCCUACUCAAUCUUGUUUCAUGUCCUCAAUUGAUGUGCACACUCAUUACUCGUAUCAGAUUAUGCUGCCAGAAUCUGUUGCAAUAGUCAUGGCACCGACAGAUAGUUCAAGAAAACAUGGUAUUUUUCGGCUGACAACCCCCGGUGGAAUGUCUGUUAUUAAACAAUGUGAUCAACGCGGCUUUCAUCCACAUAAUCAACCUCCAGAUGGUGGCCCUAUUUAUGAUACUUGUACAGAUGUUUACAUGAACCCAGAUUUAAAAUUCGAAGUCAUCGAUCUCCGGUGA